AUGGUCGUCACUUGUCACUGUAACUCAGUUGUUCAUGACUCGAAACCAGGUGAUGAGAAGUACAAUGUCAUGCCUUUUUCUGGACGUCAGAAUGGUUACUUCAGUGGUGGGGAUAAUGUCCUAAAUCGUUCACAUAUGUACUAUACCCCGGAAUCGAAAGCACUCGAUUCGAGGAUGUGUUCAAGCGAUUCAAGUGAUCGCGGAGCUCUGGACUUCGAUUUUCAUGGCUUCUGGUCUCGAACCACCGGGGAGCUUUGCAUGGUGGGAUCGAGCGAUACUUACUCCGAUGAAGGUAAAUUGCUUCAUCUUGCAACUGUCCUUAAGAUUAAUAACCUUAAGAGUUCAAGUAAUAUCAACACGUUAGUCACUGGGACCAUUUCUAGCUUGAAUCCUGCUAAUGAUCCAAGUUACUUUAAUAAAAUAUCACUGCUGAUGUUUCCUCAAAUGAAUUACGGUUACACCAUGGCUUCAAAGCAAUUUAGUCAAGGGUGUCCCCUGGGAACCGAUGUCCAACUGAAGUUGUCCCUCAGCUUAUCGCAAACUCGAACUAUAUGCGAUAUGUUGUCUGGUGGAGACAAUGCUUUCGAACUGGAGUAUGCAAGUGGUUGUGGUUCUUCAAAGAGUUGCUGUCCUUUCGGAGAUGUCAUCCGAUAUUUGCCUCCGGCGAUGUCAUUGAGAACUUGGGAUGCAAAGAGCAAUCGGCAUUGUAUCGCCGCUUGCCGAAUCUACAAUGCAUCGAGCUCCUUUGACAAGUCUCCUGUCGGGGACUGCACAACACGUUUGAGCUUAAGAUUCCCGGCAGUCUUGUCUAUCAGACACACAGAUACUGUUGUUGGUGAAAUCUGGAGCCUGAAGAAGAGGAAUGAAGCCGGUUUCUUCAAUAGAAUCGAGUUCCAAAAUACUGGCCAUCAUAGGGGAAAGAUUCAACUUCAAGGUUUGAAGUAUGAAUACACGGAGAUGGACAGGGUGAAGAAAUCUUGUCCAAAGAAGAAUCCUAGGACUAGGAGCAGAAGGGUACAGUAUCCAGAUGGUUAUUCUGGAGACAUGGGUUUUAGCAUGUCAAUCCUCAAUGGUUCCAAAGUAAAUAUCGGAUGGGGUUCUUCGGAUCCUCUUGGGGCCGGCAAUCAGUCGAAUCAGAGAUUUCCAUAUCUAAUACCAUCCUCAAGCUCAAAGCCUAAACAUCCUGGUGUUAAAUCUAAUUCCAGCAGUGGCUUGCUUAAUAUCAGCUAUAAAAUGAGAAUUUCAGUGCCUAGCUGGGAAGUUUAUCCUGGCCUUACUCCAGUUAACAAAUCUUCAAACGAAUAUCUGGAAACGGAAUUCAUGAUUUCUGCUGAUGGGAUUUAUGAUAAUGCAACAGGUAUCCUAUGCAUGGUUGGCUGCACCCGUUUAAUGUCGGGUGAGAAAUCAUUUUCAAGUCAUUCGAUGGAUUAUGAGAUCCUUGUGAAUGUCUAUUUUUCUCCGCAGGACUCAAACAGGAGAAGUAAGAUCAAGGGAAGCAUCGAGAGCAUGUGUGAGAAUACCGAUCCUUUGUACUUCGAGCCUAUGCAGUUUUUGGGAUGGGCUCAUUAUCGCCAUUGGAUAUCCGAAUCGAUUUGGAGAAUGAAUUUUGAGAUGAUCAUGUCGGUCAUAUCCAAUACUCUUUCAAUUAUCUUUGUGGCAUUUCAAAUCUUUCAUGUUCGGAAGCACCGUGGCGCUGGUCCUUUGGUUUCACUUCUCAUGCUUGUUAUUCUAGCCUCGGGACACUUGAUCCCUUUGGUUCUAAAUCUCGAAGCAAUGUUCGAACAAGAUAGUGAAAGGUCUGUCUUGAUUAGAGGUGGAACGUGGAUCGAAAUUGUCAUAACCAUUUUUAAGUGA